UUAGUUUAAUCCAUAGUCUUGAUAAAAUUAACCUUAAUCAUUUGAAACACACUGUAGGGAGGUCUAUCGAGUGCCUUAUAGCAAAGCCCUCGUCCGGACCUCCGGUGACCCCGACAGUUGGGCUGUACGUACUCGCGCCUGGUGCAUCCUUAUCCCCAUUAUGCUCGUCUCCGUUUGCGUCAUUGGGUCUGCUAUUUCAAUUGGACCGGAAAGGCCGCAGCACUAAGUAUAUAUAAUUUGAGCCGCUCCCCGGCUUCCUUCCUUCGCUUCGGUUCGCCCUUCCUUGGGGCUGGUUCCGUGCAAUUUACAAUUGGCAUUGGCAGCGAGGCGUCAAAAGGCUUAUUAAAAGAAAUUUGCAAUUGCAACGGACAGCGGACACUGGAAACUGGACACUGGACACCGGACACCGGAGCAGGAACCGAAGGGCACGAAAAAGUGGGGCCCAAACGGAGCCCAUUUCAAAUUGCAUCCCAAGAUGCACAGCUCGAGAUUUACCAUAGCAGUCCGCCGCCGAGCCAUUUAUGAUAUUUCUGCUGCGGGUCUCCGUCUGCGUCCCCGUCUCCAUCCUCUCCUGCUCCUGCUGCUGCUCUCUCUAUAAGGCCAGAUCGCACACAAUCCCCCAAUCACAAUGGGGCAGGCACGAAACUCCACUUUUAGAAGGCACCUUAUCUGUGCAACGGCAUCAUUAUUUCACACCAGCCCAGCUGAAGGCACAAAGCAGCCAUGGAGCUGCGCAGAUGGAAAUGGCAGUGCAGAUCGAGGAGCAGGGCCAGGAGCAGGAAAGGAUCGGGGGGCGAUCAGGAGCAAGGGGAACGCGUCGUCUGUGGCAGCGGCAAAGGGCACACAAAAACGACAUAAAUAUUAUGGCCAAGCUGCGAACGAGCUGCAGGAGCCGAACGCAAAAACAGGGCCUAGAGAUGGUCAGCAUAAAGCAUUCUGAGAAAGCCGCAUCUCAUUUCUCUCGGUGUACAGAAUCUUCUGCAGCUUGCUUUGCAUGCCAGGCGGCUCGUCCUACCCCCACUCAGAUCCCUUCUGCCCCGCCGCAGGCUCUGCCGUUUAAUGAGUGUUGUCUGGGUCGGUCAGAUGGGCUUGGAUUCGGAUUCUGGUUUCGGGUCGGACCGGGUCCAGUGCCGUGUCGAUUAUGUGGCGGCUCGACUCCAAGCCAGUUGGCUACUGUUUCGCCUUGGCACGCACACACCGGGGCCCUGGGAUCGCUUCGGGUCCGAGGACUUAAUGGACCCGCGAACCCGACUGACUGGAUGGGGAAAUGAGGAUCUGCAAACGACAGCUGAGGAUGCUGGCGAAUCAAUUAGCCUGCCGCAUAACAAACCGGAUCGAAAACCCUUCUCGAAGGCCUCCUCGCAGGGGCUUAUCUUAAUUUUUGCAUUUAAUAACCGCAUUGCGGCUGAAACGAGCCAGCAAACUGCCACCGGUGGCCAGUUGGCCAGUUGGGCAGCGAUCGCGACGGGCGGCCAUUAAGCUUAAUAUGGCCAAGUAAAUUCUUGGCCAACUAUGCCGAGGUGUGAAGAAAAGUGUCGACUUGUUAAGCCGGGGCCACAGCGGGCCCA